AUGACUCUUCAUUAUGCCAGAUGUUUUUUGCCCAAGAAGGCUGCAACACAGCCUUUUCACCACGACUCCACUGUUGGUGGGGCCUUUUUUGGCUCUUGGAUGAGUGGGAUUCAUUCAUCUCCAACUUCCGUGUUGUCCCCCACACCCCAACCAUCUUUGUCUGAGCCAGACGACGGCAUUUCAUUUCUUAAUACUGGUGACAUGGAUGAUGCCACUCCAUCUGACAAUCCCGACCCCAUUGCAAAUGACCUUCCCCACUUAGAUGACCAGUUCACCAGUGACACACAACUUUAUAAUAGUAUUGUCCUCUAUUGCAAUCUGCUCCAUCUGUACGAGUUCAACACCAGUGUACAUGAUGGGGACAUUGGUCGUACAUUUGAGGUUAUUCACUGGCUCCAUUUCUAUUUUUUUGGUAUCGGGUCAAACAACUAUGGCAAUGAGUUGCUUCAACAAGCCCGUGAUUUCUGGUGGCACCUACCCACAGCGACACAAACAGCAAUUCUCCUCAACUACUUAGUUAACCCAUCGGGAUUUCCCGGCCACUUUCACAAACAGGACUUACUUCAAGAACAUUUGAACUUUUGGUUGAACUUCAUGGGGAUGGUUGGGCUUGCAAGAGUUCAUCCAGGUCGUACCCAGGUGGACAUCAGAGCAGAUAUCAAUUGCCUCAGAGUGGUGUAUCUCUGGGAGUCACAUCAUCUGUACAUCCCUGGUCGCUCCCAGACCACAAAAUCUAACUCUCUUGUAAAUGUCUCCAUUAAUUGCCUUAGCGGUCCAAUCGUCCCCGUAAACAUCACUUUCAGGCGGAUGUGA